AUGGAGAGUGGGAUCAUCCGGGUCGCUGUGAAAAAGAUGUCGGGAGAACUGCUGGAGUUGGAGAUGAAACCUGAUGAUUUGGUCAGCACACUGCAACGCGAGAUUGCAACACAAGUGGGAGUUCAAGUGGCGCAUCAGCGACUUUGGCUAAAUCAUGCAAGCCCUUCCGUGCUGACAAGGCAAGGAUGUGUGCUGGCAGAAGAGCUACAUAGAUCUGUGGAGAUGCUUGACCGGAAUAUGAUUUCACAAAUGAAGACCUUAGCGAAGCCUCCACAAGUGGUCGUGACUGUCUUCAACAUGGUGCAUGCUUUGUUGAACCCGACCAUGCCGUUUGAUCCUGAAGCUGUUGAUGGAGAUGAUGGAGCCAGUUGGACUCAGUGCCAAAAGAUGCUCAACCCACACGUUUUCCUAAAGUCAUUGGCACGAUUUCUGGACGAAGUUGACAACCUGCCCAAAGAACGGGUUGAAAGCGUACAGAAGUGCAUUGAUUUACUUGGUGAUGCUUUCAGCCGGGAUCAUCUUGAGCGUUUCUCCUUCGUUUUGAGCAUGAUGUAUGACUGGCUCGUGGUGGCCUUGAAGGUUGGCAACUUCAAGCAUGCUUCUGAGUCAUCAGCUUUGCAGCUGGAGGCUACUCAACCCGUGUGCAUCCACGUAGAUGAAGAGGCACCAAGAGAAGGUGCUGACCUGUCGAUCGAUUUGAUUGUGGCUUCAGGCAGUCCACGCUAG